AAUGGUACAAAGAAGCAAUAGCUAAGCACAAAGCCAUGGCAUCUCUGGUACAGCAUCUGGGGCUCUUCUUGCUCUUCUUCGUCCCCUUGUCACUAGUCUCUUGUCACAGCCACCACCACCCACUAGACUCUCUAACCCCAUCUGAGUUCCGCCAAGUUCAAGCCAUUGUCAAGGGGUCGAACCCUGGCUCCAGCCACAACGUAACCUUCCAGUAUGUUGGGUUGGACGAACCAGACAAGCCCGCCCUCCUCUCAUGGCUCUCGAACCCCAACUCUACAACCCUACCUUCACCUCGCCGAGCCUUUGUUAUCACUCGACUCCACAGUCAAACCCACGAAAUCAUUGUCGACUUAUCGACUCAGUCCAUCGUCUCCGACAAGGUGUACAGUGGACACGGCUACCCUUUGCUGACUAGCGACGAACAAACGGCUGCAUCCGAGCUCCCUUUAACUUAUCCACCAUUUAUAGCUUCAAUCAAGAAGAGAAAGCUCAAAUUAUCCGAUGUGGUUUGUUCUACCUUUACAGUGGGGUGGUUUGGAGAAGAAAAGAGCAGAAGAGUGUUGAAGAUACUGUGUUUUUACACUGAUGGGACAGCUAAUUUAUACAUGAGGCCAAUAGAAGGGGUAACAAUAGCAGUUGACCUCGAUGAGAUGAAGAUAACUGAAUACCAUGACAGAUUAACGGUUCCGAUGCCGGAAGCGGAAGGAACGGAGUACCGAUUGUCGAAGCAGAAGCCCCCAUUUGGUCCUCUUCUAAAUGGUGUGUCUAGCAUGCAACCAGAUGGACCUGGAUUCAAGAUCGAUGGGCACAAUAUCAGGUGGGCUAAUUGGGACUUCCAUGUAAGCUUUGAUGCACGAGCCGGUCUAAUCAUAUCACUCGCAUCAAUUUAUGAUCUUCAAAAACGCACAUUUCGUCGAGUGUUAUACAGAGGAUACUUGUCUGAGCUCUUUGUACCAUAUAUGGAUCCAACUGAGGAAUGGUACUAUAAAACCUUUUUCGAUUUAGGUGAAUUUGGGUUUGGUCUUUGCACAGUCCCACUUCAACCAUUAGCAGAUUGCCCAUCCAAUGCGGUGUUCAUGGAUGGGUACUAUGCUGGCCAAGAUGGCAAACCAGUGAAAAUAUCAAAUGCUUUCUGCAUAUUUGAACAACAAGCAGGAAGAAUCAUGUGGCGUCACACCGAGGUUGAGAUUCCAGGAGAAGAGAUAAGGGAGGUGAGGCCAGAAGUGAGCCUAGUAGUGAGGAUGGUUGCAACAGUGGGCAACUAUGACUACGUACUUGAUUGGGAAUUCAAGCCAAGUGGCUCCAUCAAACUUGGGGUGGGGUUAACUGGUAUCCUAGAAGUGAAGGGGGUGUCAUACACUCACACAAGUCAAAUAAAGGAGGAUGUUUAUGGCACAUUGUUGGCACAUAACACUAUUGGCGUAAACCAUGAUCACUUCUUGACAUACCAUCUUGACCUUGAUGUAGAUGGUGAUGCCAACUCCUUUGUUAAGGCCAAUCUGGAAACAAAGCGAGUAAAGGAUAAUAUUUCACCAAGGAAGAGUUACUGGACAGUUGUGAGUGAGACUGCUAAAACUGAAUCUGAUGCACAAAUUCAGCUGGGACUGAAGCCAGCUGAGUUAAUAGUGGUGAAUCCUAAUAAGAAGACCAAACUUGGCAACUAUGUUGGUUAUCGUCUGAUUCCAGGGUCAUUAUCUAGUCCCCUUCUGUCAGAUGAUGAUUACCCACAAAUUCGUGGUGCCUUCACGAAGUAUGAUGUUUGGAUCACUCCAUAUAACAAGUCUGAAAAAUGGGCAGGAGGGUUGUAUAUGGACCAGAGUCGAGGAGAUGACACCUUAGCCGUUUGGAGCCAGAGGAAUAGGGAGAUUGAAAACAAGGACAUUGUGUUAUGGUACACAAUAGGGUUUCAUCAUGUUCCUUGCCAAGAAGACUUUCCAGUGAUGCCAACACUGAGCGGUGGAUUUGAGCUGCGACCCACCAAUUUCUUUGAGAGAAAUCCUGUGUUGAAAACAAAACCUCCUACGUAUGGGCACUGGCCUAAUUGCACCACCAAACCCUAGUUUUACUAUUUGUAACAGAUGAUGGAAUAAGUAUAAGAAUGCUAUAUAUUCUUGUUGGCCAUAUCUAUUUUUCAAUCAUUAUUUUGACUUUUGAAAAAUGUUUUAGAUUGUGUGUAAUUAUGGUUCCUUUAUCAUUUUGAAUAAAUACAACUAUAGUAUA